AUGAUAAGAUUUUGGGGGAUAGUCUUGGGGAUUUUCUCGAUUUGUUUGCUCCCUGUGGCCGUCGUCGGGGGUGACAUUGUGCACGCAGAUGAUGGUACCCCCAAGGGGCCUGGAUGUUCCAACAACUUUGUUCUGGUGAGUUCGGAUUCUCGAUCCUCUGAUAUCGUCGGCUUCGGCCUGGCGAGACGAGCUGAUUCUUGGAUCCGUAUUUAGUUCAGUCUACUGUCUUCUUCUUCUUCUUCUUCUUGUUUUUUGGGGGGGAACAUCAUUCCUGAUUCGGAGAGACCUGGCAUUCACUGCGCGAAGUGAACUGACGGGUCUGGUUCUUCUCGUAUUUGCUUUUAUUUUUGACAUCUGCAGCAAGCCUUGCGCUUGGGAAAAUUUCCUUCUCAUUUUAUCUUCAGUUGCCCUUCGGACUACGCAAUUCUGUAAAUUUAUGGCUUAAAAUUUCUCCGGCACUUUAGAACAAGGCUUGAUGGCAAUGAUUGUUUGGGCACUGCGCAAGAUGAGGCCGCUGAUCAUCGCUUCGGUUUUUAAACUCCUCCCCAUCAUGAGAUUGUAUAGGAUGGUGGCCAGAGCUUCACCCGUUUGUACGAAGAAAAAACCGCUGCUAGGACUCGGAAGAUAAGAAAUUCGGGGAUACAAGAUUCAUAUAAUGACUGGAAAGUUGGAAGCAAUACGAUCAUUAUGUGCCUAUCCAAAACCGUUGCAGGUCAAACCAGUCGUUCGAUCCUAACCCUGCGGAGAGUGGAAUCUGAACCGUAAAUCUAUGACUAACAGAGUAUAAAGGGCUUCUGUUGCAGCCUUCUGAAGUUAACUGUUCAGUUUUCUUACUCCAACUUCAUGUAAGGCACCAUUGGUUAUUAAGCUUGGUAUUUCAUGUCAGACACCAAGACAUAAAAACAUAAAACACUCAGGCAUGACAUUCUGGCAUCUAUCAUAUUGCAGCAAACUGCAUUGAUUCAUAGUCUGGAGAAAGGAAAGUGAGUGUUUAGUGGCACACUUUCGUUUUUCUUGAAAAUCUUGCGGAGAAGAUUUCAGAGAGCUGCUUCUAAGAGAACUCUUUGUAGUAUGUCAAAGCUGUAUAUAUUUUGUGUACAGAUCUCAUUUGAUUUAUAGCGUUCCCUUUUUUGUUAAUUAAAAUGCAUUGCCCAUAAUCUGGCUGUUCUCAGGUAAAAGUCCAAACUUGGAUUAAUAACAAAGAAGACCAUGAGUUUGUUGGUGUUGGUGCUCGCUUUGGUACUCCAAUGCAGUCAAAAGAAAAGCAUGCAAACAGAACCAAAGUUUCCCUUGCGGAUCCACCUGAUUGUUGCAGUCCACCAACAAAAGAGGUAACUUGUAUUGACCUGGGCAUUAUCAUUUUCUAAUCAGGUAUUUAUGUGGAAGGUAUUAUGCUUUUUUCAUGGUGAAUGUAUACCUUCCUUUCUCUGUUAGGUUGUUGGAGAUGUUCUGCUAGUUCAUCGAGGUAACUGCAAAUUUACAACAAAGGCUAAGGUUGCUCAAGCUGCUGGUGCUUCUGCUAUACUCAUUAUAAAUAAUCGCAAAGGUGUGCCAUAUUUUGUUGCAUGCCAUCUUAGUCAUUUUGGAAAUAGCAUGUUUCUGUAUACCAAGGUUAUAUACGUCCUCCUUGCGUGGCCAUGGUUAACAUGAAUACCGCUCUUGAGCAUAGCAAAACUAAGUGACGUGACAUAGACUGUAUACUGUUUUCUUUUUAAUUUUCUCGCUUGGAAUGCAGUUGACCCUGCUUGAUGGUCAAUUAAAUGGCAAGUCUGUUUUAGUGUCUUUGUCCUAUCCCAUUCUAGCGUGUAAAUCUGGUAGUUUUUAGGCUAAUUUGUUGUAUUAAUGUUUUUAAUUUUCCAGAACGGCAGAGGCAUUGAUUUUUUAGGCUGUGGUCUUUCGUAUGAAUCUCAUACAGAGGUUGAUUCAGCAGCAAGAUGUUCAUAUUUACUAUUUUUUGACAGAACUCUACAAGAUGGUAUGUGAUCCGAAUGAGACAGAUCUGCAUAUUGGCAUACCUGCUGUAAUGUUGCCCAAGGAUGCUGGUGCAAGUUUGGAAGGUAGUCUACAAAGUGGUGUUCCAGGUAAAUCCUCUUCUUGACUCUGCAAUCGACAUAGGAGCAAUUUUUGCAUGCUUUACCACUAUAAAUGUGAGAGAUUCUUUCCAUAGUCAGCGUAAUGGGAGGUUUUUUUUUAGCAUAGCUUUUACUUUCUCUACAAUGUAAGGUAUUUGUGGGCCGUCGUGACAUGCAUACCAUGCGUCCCAGGAUAAGCAGGGUUUGAUUGUGUUGGAUUCGCUUUGGGACAGUGAUAUUUCUGGUGAAUUAUUUUUCCUUUCUCCCUAUUACCACUUACAGAUCCCGGAGAUGAAUUAUGCCAUGGUGGCUGAACGUAUUUUGUGGUCAUAAUUUCUAUACUCAGAUAUAUGUGCUCGUCAUCUGAUAUUUGAGUCUUCCUGACCGAUUUCAAUCACACCUUUGUUCAAAAUGGGGACCUUAUGUCGAAGUGAAUAGGUGGAACAGAAUCACAAUUUCCUUCAGAGAGUUCAGGUUAUAGGCUAUGUCUGACCAACGUGAAAUAUUGGGUUCCAAGCUUCCAACGCUCUGAAUUGUAUUCCUUACUGUUAAAGAGCGAUAAGAGUCAAAGAAAGUUAUUGCUUCCUUUAGUUGAAUAUCUUUACAUAUUAAUCAUUGCUGUUUAUAGUUGAUUAGGUAGCAAAUUCCUUCAGAGCGUGCAGUCUGUCAACAAUCCCAGUUACUUUCUGGGCUUCUCUAAUUUUUUAAUAUUUUUCCUCAGUCGCAGUGCAAUUAUACUCCCCAGAUCGUCCACUCGUAGACACAGCAGAGGUUUUCUUAUGGCUAAUGGCAGUUGGCACCAUUUUAUGUGCCUCUUUUUGGUCAGCAUGCAGUGCUAGAGCAGCUUCCAUUGAGCAUGAAAAACUAUUGAAGGUCCCAUCCCUAAAUCUCUGUUAAUCUUCUGCAUUUGGUGGUUGUUCGUUGGAAUAAUAUUUCCUAUUGUUCCCAGCCCCCAGUUUGCUAAAUCUAUCUAAUGAAUUACUGAUGUCCCAAAUUUAUUUUUAUCCAGGAUGGUCCUGAAGAUUUUUCUGAGAUUGAAAAUACUGGUUCCAGUGGUGUGGUAGACAUCAACACAACAUCAGCGGUCCUCUUUGUUGUGAUUGCUUCGUGCUUCCUAAUCCUGCUAUACAAGUUCAUGUCCUUCUGGUUUGUGGAGAUUUUGGUGGUUCUGUUUUGUAUUGGAGGUGUUGAGGUUUGUACAUCGUUUCCCAUUGUUAAACUGUAGUUUAUUUUUUAUAAUAUGAAGGAAAAUAUGAGGUUUGGAAUUUCAACCUAAGCAACAUUGCGGCUGUUGUCUUUGAUUGAAAUGUGUUAUUGUUAUCAACAUAGAAACUUGCUACCAAUGAAUGAUGAUCUGCCAGGAAGAUCUGGUGGAAGGUUAAACACCCAUCAACGUCUUUUAAAUGUGUGAGAACCUUCAUUCAUUUAUUUGUGCAUGAUACUUCAAUAAAAUGUUGAGCGUUAGACAAAGUAAUUUUUUUAAUGUAGUUUAUUCUGUACAUGCACGUAAACUAAAUAAAUGUUAAAGUCAGUAACGAGGAAUAAGUCAAAAACAUGAUUUCAUAGAUAGUAUUUAUGCUGGAAAUAGUAAUAUCGAUGGAGGAUCAUAGCCUAUUUGAGAAUUUGAUUUGAACUCAUGUUUAAUUGGGUUGAAGUCCAUAUUAUAUCGGGUAGAGCUCUAUGAAAUAGUGAUCUAAUAUUCGUUGUUUGUGAUCCUUAGGCUUUUAGAACUGAUAGAUUUAAUCAACAGACAAUGAGCUUAAGCCUUCUCCUGAAAAUCUUGGAUUUGUCUAACCCCUGAUAGGCUUGGCCCCACCCUUUCACACGUUGGAUUUUGCCAACUUUUGCAGACUUUGGCCCCACUUCUAGGGAUGGCUGACUUGAACCCCUUUAUGAGAUAAUGAGUUUUAGUUCACUCCUCGGAUGUAUUUUUGAACGGAUUCCAGCAUAUUGUUGGAGACGUUUAAUCAGCCCAACUUAUAAUGGUCUUUGGUCGAUUUCUGAAGAUUUUAGGCCUGCCCGAGCUCAAGCGAGUCUUGGCUCACCAUUGUGGAUGUUGGAUUUGCCUAAUAAUGAAAUCUUUGAGGGUAGUUUACCUUUUCUCUCUUCCUCAUUACAAAAUUUGUACCACAAUCUUCUGUUGUGUAGCAUGUAUUGAUGAAUACCCUCUGUUGGAGAACACGAUCAUCUAAAAAUACAGUAUUGAGCUGAAUCAGUCAAUUUUCAAUCUCUCCACGGGAGAUGCGGGGAUGUUUUGGCCUUAAACUUUUAUAAUCAAUGGAUUCUUAGGAAAACCCUGAGUUGGUGAAAACUGAGAAUACAACGAUGAGGAGUCUGAACCUCGUUUUGAAAGCUUCACGGUAAUAGUGUGGCCUUUAGGGAUUAUCAUAUGACGUUUAUUUGGGGUUAUUUGUUGACAACGCAUAUAUUUUAGUAGUAAUGACCCAAUAAGCCGAUGAGCUACAGUACCCAUGUAUUAUAUUAGGAUGAUUCUAUGACUCUUGAGCAUGUAUCCUUUUUUUCUGAUCUGAUUGGAAUGUCUUUUGCUGGACUUAUCUUUUUUCCAUUUCUAUUUUCAGGGACUUCAAACUUGUUUGGUUGCAUUGUUAUCACGGUAUGUCGGGUAAAUUUUAUUUGAAAUGUUUUAAAUUUACGGAGUUAGCCUUUCUUAAAUAUACUGAUUGGAGUUAGCUAAAUCGAUGACUAAGGUGUAAAAAUUCAUCGAGUUGAAAUUUGGUUAUGCUACUUGUACGUACUAGUACAUUGACCAUCGAGAUAAAUUGCAAGUCUGUAUCAAUGUUUUUUAUUUAUUUCCUUACAUUUUAUUUGUAUAUCUCCUAGAUCAUGGUAAUUUCUAAAAUGGGAAAGCUGUUAUUUCCGAGGAGAGGAUCACCAUGAUUCAUUUUAUAUUACUGACUUAUUGUAGUUUCAUUCCCACCCCAUUUGUGCAAUACUAUCAUGGAACCAUAGAGUGGUGGUAACCAAUAUAUCCAACACAAACCAUAGUCUUUUUCAUAUUCCAUCAUCGAAUUCGGACUAUUUUUGUGAAUAGUGUUUUUAAGCUCACUCUAGAAAAAGGUUAGACUUUUAAAUUGUCAUGUCUUCAGUCAGAGUGUCACCAAGGCGAAUAGGGAAACCGUGACAGAUGAUAAUAUUAAUACUACAAGUACUUUUCUUAUUGUCGUAAGGUUUGAUCAUUUCUGAAUCAUAUAAUAACCAUGCAAAAUCCAUAGAUUCAUUCUGAAAGUCGGAUGUCUGAAAAUCCAGUCUGAAGCUUGUCUUUAAUGCUAAUUGGCUGCUUUUUCUUAAUGAAACCAUAUGGAGGAGAGAUCUAGUAAUACACGAAUGGAGUUGAGACUUUGGGCUAACUUUGAUUAUGUCCCUUCAAUCCGUGAAGAAAAUAUACCUCAAUGUAAACCUUCACCUUCAUCCUUUUCUCCUGUUCCAAGACCGGCAAUGUAAGUAUAGCUUAUCUAAACAACUCGUUCGAUGAUCAUUUGUCCCUGAAUAGAAUGGACUGUGGCAGUGACGUUUUGCUGUUUAUGACGAAAUGCAAAGUCUAAAAGCUUCUUGAGGGGGAUCAGAACGCAUGAAAUAUCCCCUAGAAGAGUGAAAAAAAUCAAGGUGCAGACAGUGCACCCCUCGUGGAGGCACGAGGAACUCAGUAUGAUAGCUAGUGAUUGCACCUAUGAGCGACCAUCUAGUAUUGAAAUGUUUGGAACUGGUGUUGACAUGUCGACUUUGGAAGAACGUGCGCGCCAGACACCGGAUUGUCGUUCUUUCCAGGAACUACUGCCUUUUCUCUCUCUGAGGUUUCAGCUACCUUCACACGCCCUUUUAUGAAAGUGAGAGCGCCUUGGAAACCAAGAUUUUAACGCCUCUUUCCUCUGUAUAAUCUUUCUGCUGAGAUGCCACUUUCCAACUCACGGAUGCAUCUAUGAUGAAAGUUUGACAUGCUGCCUUAACUAGAACUAUAAAUAAAAUUCUCAUUUCUGCCCAUAUUCUUCGUAAAUGUUUAAUUCCUCAAGUGUACGCAGUAUUAUUUUAUUUUUUUCAGUGAACUACACGCUUUCAUGCAUUUCAGGUGGUUUAAACAUGCUGGAGAAUCUUUUGUUAAAGUUCCUUUCCUCGGAGCAGUUUCAUACCUCACACUGGCUGUUUCUCCGUUCUGCGUAAUAUUUGCUGUCAUUUGGGCUAUUUAUCGCCGUGUAUAUUUUGCCUGGAUUGGCCAAGAUAUCCUUGUAAGGAAAUAUUUCUAUCUCUUACUAUUUCUUUAUAAUCGAAUUUUUCAUUGAUCUAGAUCUAUUAUGCGCUGUAAGUUGUCUUUCAUUUAUUUCUAUAAUCUGCAUGUACACAAGUGGAAACUGGAAAAUAAAUGUUAAAUUUGUUGAAAAAAGUCAAAGCGAUGUUAUGUUCCAUUGCAGAAGGCCAAAUUGAUGUCCCACGUAUGAAAGUUUCAGUCUCAUGUAUUUUUCAUAUUCAACAAGAUGUUAAUUGUUUCGCUGAAAUUUACGUCGACCAUAUUCUUCUUCUCUCUGACUCUUCUGGUUAUUUCCAAUUAGGGUAUCGCCUUGAUAAUCACAGUACUGCAGAUUGUUCACGUGCCAAACCUAAAGGUACCUUUAUCCUUUCAUUUCAUGCUUUGAAUCAGUGUUUAGAUUGACAUUUGAUGGAGUCCAAGGGACGAUCCCGUUGUAAUGGCUGCUACCACGGAUAGGAUCAUAGAAUCGUAAUAUGAUAUAUUUCGGGAUUCGAAAAAUAUAUGACGCAAAAUGAGUUCAUGCAAAAAGAAUGGGUUAUCUUCAGAUGCUUGCCGAAUAAAAUACAAGGUGUAUGAAUUCAUGUGGUUCAUGAAAAAAAUAGUAAACUUGGCUCGUUUAAGAUGUUUGUGCAGAGAUACAAUCGAUAGCUUGACUUACCUUCUGCGUUGCAUCUCUCUUUCUCCACACCAUUUGUCUUCCCCCAUAGAUUUUGACAAUGAUGUAAUGUGAAGGAUUUUGCGGGGUUUAAUGCUUUUAAGAUUAAAAAAAAUUAAUCUGAUGUAGAUUAGAUCGGAAUCCAGUAACGCACAGAGGAACUGAUGAUCCAAGAAGACUUCACAAUAUUCAAUAAUCUGCGUUGCUUCAUUAUUGAAUCAAAACGGACAAGGAAAAUUUUCAUUGGGAACUAUUCAAUCUGUGAAAAAUGCCAUUUUUCAAAUAAGUACAGUAGACAAACUUGUUGAGUGGCCAUUUUUCUCCAGAUGUCCCAUCAGAAAUUUCCGCAAGUACUCCAAAGGCGGGAUUCGAAUUCAGCACGUGUUUCCUGUACACUACUACUAGCAUUCACCUCGUAGGUUAAUCUUUUUAUCUGCUCGAAAACUUUCAUUCCUUGCAAAAGCUUGCCUCGUAUUAUCUUUUUAUUAUUUUCAUGGUGUAAAUGGCUACUUACAUCAUGACCUGAUAUUGGAAUUUGACCAUGAUGGAUGCAUGUAACCGUACACAAGAGCACACAUCCACUUUGAUACCCAACGCAUGCUCGACCCAGCCCAUGUACUGCCAUUCCAAUUGUUGUUCUCGUGGAUCAAAAUCGGCGCCAUGUCUUGUCUGUUCCGGUUUUCAUUAGUUAUCUCCUAGCUAAUAUCUCGCUUCUACUUGUUAUCAGGUUGGGACAGUUCUUCUCGGUUGUGCCUUCCUGUAUGACAUCUUCUGGGUGUUUGUUUCGAAGGCCUUGUUCCACGAAAGUGUAAUGAUAGUGGUAGGUAGUUCAUUGUUCACCCGUUGCCCUAAAUUAGAGAGAGAGAGAGAGAAUACAAGGGUCGCCUCCUUACGUGCUCGUUAAUUUCUGGAGGUCUUCUUCUUGUUUAGUCAGGUUUAUUUCCUUGUAGGUUGCCCGCGGUGACAACAGUGGAGAAGAUGGCGUUCCCAUGCUACUCAAGAUUCCACGUAUGUUUGAUCCAUGGGGUGGAUACAGCAUCAUUGGAUUUGGCGACAUCCUUCUCCCAGGGCUUCUAAUCGCAUUCGCACUGAGGUAACCAACUUAUUCUCUCCAUUGGGUAAUGUUUUUCAUUUUCCAUGGUUUUAAUGCGGGUUUCAAUUAUUUCAGCUGCAUGUUCUUCCACAGAACAUUUUGCCUUAGAUGAUUGUCUCUUCUAUUUGCGUAAAUUCAUUGUAUUUCGAUCUAUUUUUAGCAUGAUCUUAGAGCAUUCUGACCGUGGAAUAAUGGCUUCCCAUGUAUGUUGUGAGCCUUACUAAAGAUGAGAAACCUCUGGUCCACGUUGGUUCAUCUCAUUGAAGGCCUUAUAUAUCAGUCAAUCCAUUGAGGGCCAAGAUUGACAGGGAACUCGAUGUUAUCUGAUCGAUUUUUCUAGGGACUAUCUAUCAUAAACUGAAUUGAAUAUAUACAGCAAACGGUCAUAAGAAGAACAGAAAAUGAGCCAUGGCAUUUAAUUUUUUUUUUAAAUUCUUAAGAAAGAAAAAUAUCUAAAUGGUUUCAUUUCCAGAUAUUUUUUCUGAGAAUUACUCGUAGAUUAUAGACUUCUUUCUCCAUUUAUACAGCAAACAGUCACAGGAGGAAUGAAAAAUGUGCCGUAGCAUUUAAUUAAUUUAUUUUUAAAAAUUUUUAUAAAUAAAAAGAUCUAAAUGCUCUCAUUUCCAGAGAUGUUUCUGAAAAAUACUUGUAGAUUAUAGAAUUCUUUCUCCAUUUAACAGCAAACGGUCAUAAGAGGAAUGAAAAAUAUGCCGUAGCAUUGAUUUUUUUUAAAAAAAAAAUCUUAAGAAAGGAAAAGAUCUAAAUGGUUUCAAUUCCAGAGAAUUUUUCUGAAACUUACUCUUCGAUUGAAAACUUCUUUCUCCAUUUAUAAAUUUAUAUUGCAUUUGUGUAUGUUUGUUGAUGAUGCCACAAGCAAUGUAAGCCUCCGGCAACGGGUGACGUUUGUUUCAGAAUCUACUGAUGGCAGAGACAAAUUACCCUUUUUUAUUCUCGUUGAAAUAAUUAGAAAAAAAGAAAAAAAGAAAACGCCUUGUCCCACAUGAGAAGAAACCUUGGGAGAUGAAUCAUCUCUCUGGGUGCCGUCUAUUUCUCCUGCAAUCAGUUUCUAAAGUUCGCUGGUAUAUUUACGUCGCAUUAAUUGUAGAUAAAUGAAUUAAAUAGAUCCGAAUGCGUGGAUCCAACGCGGAGGAUCUAAAUAUUUACGUCUUAUCUGCAGGUACGAUUGGGCUGCCAAGAAAAGGCUGCGAGACGGCUACUUCCUAUGGUCCAUGCUGGCUUAUGGCUCUGGUGAGACCACUAUAGCUCCUCCCCUCCCCCCGUCUAAGAAAUAUUGUACGACGUAGAGGAGUGGGCCCCUCGAUGGGCCUUCGGGCCCGGGCCCGGGCCGAACCUUUUAACAACCCUCGUGAUCACAUUUUGGGUCUCUCUUCAUAAUUUUCUCAUUGGCCCCUCUCUGAUAAAUAAAGCCCGUGGGUUUUGCAGGCCUCCUAGUCACGUACGUGGCUCUGAACAUGAUGGACGGGCACGGGCAACCCGCACUCCUUUACAUCGUUCCUUUUACUCUGGGUAUGUCAACGUCCGGGCAGGCCCUUUUUGCUUUCGUUCUUGUUUCUUAUCCCCUGCCAUCUUGGGCCCGAAAAAAAAUCAAGUUUUAUACAAUGGGAGUGGGCCCUUUUGCUUGGCACAUGGGUGUCCGGUGACCGGGCUUUUUUUUCUUCUUUUGAGCGGGCCGGCCCGUUCGACUGUUAACUGCAUGCCCCACCUCCCCUUUCUUUGCAGGAACGUUCUUGGCGUUGGGCAGGAAGAGAAGAGAGCUCGGAGUUCUGUGGUCCAAAGGGGAACCGGAUAGGACGUGCCCUCACGCACAGCCCCCCCAGCCCGCCCAGCCCGCCCACUGA